AUGGCUAAAAGAAUGGAGGAAAUCGGUUCCCGAGGAUCAACGGAGAGACGUUCACGCAAGGUACCGUUGCACUUCCGUUGCGAAGUUCACCGCGAAGCGUUCGCUAUGAAGGCGGCUUACCUCGUCGCGAUUCUCUGGACGCUGGCGAUUCCGACGUUCGGCGAGCCCGCGAACGAGCCCUCGAAAGUCAGAGUGACAGUCCUGAAAUGCUGUCAACGCCAGGAGGUGCUGGUGAAAGAAUCUGACAGCGAAGCAGACGCGAGGACUCGUUGCAAUGGGACGAAGAACAAUUGGAAACCCGUCAUCUACUCGCCGUCGAAGCGUGGGAUGUUGGAUCAUCCGCCAUCGGAAUGGGACAUCGUGGAGNGAAAGAGGCCCGUGUGCGACGAGAGCUCGGUGUUGACCUAUGUUCCCUACAGACUCACCAAUCCGUUCGUACUUAUGGAAAGUGGCCACGUGCUUCUCGAUAUCCACAUGAGCGAAAGCGUCGGUCCGGACGAGUAUUGCGCCGAUUCGAACGCGUUGCUCGUGUGCAUGAAGAAGAAGAUGGAAGGAAACCACGCGGCUGCCACGAUGAGGCCGAGGGUCAGAAAGUGUUGUGGCAAAGACGCGGCCUUCUACGAGGAAAUACACUCGUGCUCCGACUUGAAGGAGACCGCGAACCCGACGCCUCUGCUGCCCAACGUGUCCGCAGCCGUGGAGAUAGUGCCUGGUUUCCCGAACUGCCCUCAUUCCGACAACUUGACGAUUUUGGGCGACGCGAAGGACUCUGUAUUACUGCCGGACGGCGGCAUGGAAAUCGACGGCGUCACCUUACCCACCAGCCACUUCUGCGUCGAAAGGAUCAAGGAACUGAACCAGGUGUCCAAGGUCUUCGCGUGCUCGGAGCACGCGUCGCAGAGACCGAUAAUGCAGGCGGCCGACAUCAGGUUCACCUUGUACCCCGUGGGCUUCAUCAUUAGCGCGGUGUUCCUGGCAGCGACGCUGGCCGCCGGUUGGCUGCUGCCAGCCUCUCAUCACGUUCUGCACUGGCGUUGCCAGACUCAUCAUGUCACCUGCCUGAUGCUCGGCGAUCUUCUCAUGGCCAUCAUUCAGCUCGCCGGAGACUCCCUGCACGGCGGAAGCUGCAAGGCGAUCGCAAUCAUGGCGCACUUCUUCUUCCUCGCUGCGUUCUUCUGGCUGAACACGAUGUGCUUCAACAUCUGGUGGACGUUCAGAGACCUGAGACCAGCGAGCUUGGAGAAAGGCCAAGAGACCCUCCGACUGCGAGUGUACGCCUGCUACGCCUGGGGUGGCCCCCUCCUGGUCGCCGGGUUGGCCGCCCUUCUGGAUCAUCUUCCGCCUCAACCUCAGUACACGUUCCUCAGGCCCCGUUUCGGCGAGAAGCAGUGCUGGUUCUACGAUGACAUGGAGAUCCUGGCAUACUUCUUCGGCCCCAUCGGCUUCCUGCUCGCGGUCAACCUGCUCUUCUUCGCGGCCACCGCUCGCGAGCUAACGUGCGGCCUCUGGAAGGGCGAGUUCGUGAAGAGCACCACGGAACGAGCCGCUUUGGGCCGCGUGUGCAUGAAACUGGUGGUCGUGAUGGGCAUCACCUGGGUGGCCGACGUGGUCUCGUGGGCAGUCGGUGGCCCUCAAUACAUCUGGUACGUCACGGACAUGAUAAACGCGUUCCAGGGCGUGCUGAUCUUCGCGGUGGUUGGCUGCCAGCCCCAGGUCCGUGCGGCGCUGAAGAGGAUCUGCAACAGGAACCCGAGGACCAACGCUGGAAGGCAGGGAAACGGGCUGAGCACCACCAGUCACGGGAUGCCCAGCAUGGGCGACAGCGUCAUUCAGAAUCCGAGCACGAAGACCGCUCCGCUGGAAACCAUCUGCUAAGCGACUUCUCCGACCUGCCGCUUCCGACAGCCGAGGUUCUCUGACCGGGUGGCGUGCAGCCUUUCUUUCCUCGGAACCGUCGUUGCCGGUCAGCUUGCUCGCGAACGGGAAUCGAGGAAGAAUCGAGUGGACGGGAAGCUGCGCGUGUUCGAGAGAGAAGGAAUCCCGUGCCUCUCGAGGCCCGUGAAACAGACGCGGAAGUGCACGCAGCCGGAAGAACUCUGUAUACGAAGCGACCAGCGUGCAAGACGUCGCACCGAUAGAUCGAUCCCGGAGCAGCACGAUCCUCUGCUCUCGCCGAUACGUGCUCGAUGCCCGAUACAAAGUCAGCUACGAAAGGGACAGGGAAUCUUCCGCUUUCCGCGAUUCCCAAGGUCGUCGACCUUCGAGACCCUGAACUCGAAGCGCUUCCCCGUUCCGGAUGACUAUGCGACUCGACGAGAGGCGUUCCUG